CGCCCGUAGCCCGCCCUGCAGGUGCCCUGAUCAGGACUGUGGGGACCCCUGUGGGGUCGCAGGCCGCAGGGGGUAGGGCCUUGUGGGGGCCGCCGGCUGCAUUCCUCCCGCCGUAGAGGUCAUUCCUGCGCUUCUGGGGCACCGAGGAACGGGAUUGGUGGCACUCCCGCCCCAGGGCCCCGCUUCCAAGACCCCAAGUCCCCAGGACCUGCGCUCCCGGCCCCGCCUUCUAACAGGCCCGCCAUCCCCCACGGCCGGCCUCCCGAGGGCCCGUCCCCCUCAGAACACCGCUUUCGAGACCCCAGGGCCCGCCUCCGAUAAGCCCGCAGCUCGGGUAUUCCGGCUCACGGCCCCGCCUCCAGGAGGCCCUCCCCCAGGGCCGGGUUGGCAGAGGCCCCGGGUUUCAGGCCUUUGGCUCCCGCAUGCCUCCUCUCUCUGGCCGUCUUGCUCUGGGUCUGUGUCCGCGCCGCCUCCUUUCCUUCCUUCUUUUUUUCCUCGUUCAGACCUCCGUGUUCGCCUUCCCCUCCGCUAGGCCUUCUGCCUUGCCUCGCCCUACACUUCGGCGACCCCUGUCCAGCGUCUCUGCCACCACCCUGAGCCUUCGACUCUGCUCUUCGGCCAGGGUCUUUCUGGAGCUUCAGUCGGGCCCUGCCACUUCCUUACAGCUCGACGCGGCCUAGACGGGGGCUUUCCGGCCUGCGGCCUUGCUCCUGCGGGCCCUGGCCUCGCCGCCUCACUCGCAGCUGUUCUCGAGCUCUGGCUAGGACGGGCCCCUGGGGUGCGCCAGACGUGAUGGGCUGCGGACGGGUCUGACGCCUUGGCCUGCGCGGUCGGCGUGGGUCUGGGGGAGAUUGGGGGCGGACCGGGACACUCAGUGGUGCCGCCGUGACAGUCCGUGGGGUCCGGGGCACACUGGCCCUGGGUCCCCACACCCGCCCCCUCCCGCUUCCCCCUCCCCGCGCACCUGCCCCCUCGUACACCUGCCCACACCCACCCCCGCCCCCUCCCGCUCCCUCCCCCUUCCCUCGCGCACCUGCCCCCUCGCACGCCAGGCCACUCCCGCUCCUGCCCCCUCCCUCCGGUCAGGCCGCCCUUCGGAGCGGGGCUUUGGGCGGCGGGGGCCGGACUGUGCGGGGUCCGAGUCUGAGGAAGCCGGAAACCCGUGCCUGGGAGCCACCCGGUCGACCCCGCGGCCUCCUUCCGUGCGUGGAUUCUGCGUUCGUGCCUAGGCUCCGUGCGCGCCGUCCCAGAUGUGGCCCAGGGGUUGAGCUGCUCCCCGGGGCUGCAAGGAGAGAGCAGGCACUCACCGGUCCCGCACCCCCACCCCAGGGCGGCUGGGCCAUGAGGACCGCACUCGUGUACCAUGAGGAAAUGACAGCCGCCCGGCUGCUCUGGGAAGACCCUGAGUGUGAGAUCGAGCGUCCCGAGCGCCUGACCGCAGCCCUCGAGCGCCUGCAGCAGGGGGGCCUGGAGCAGAGGUGUCUACAGUUGGCAGCUCGAGAGGCCUCAGAGGCAGAGCUGGGCCUGGUACACAGCCCAGAGUACGUGUCCCUGUUGCGAGGAACCCAGGCCUUGAGUACAGAGGAACUACAGGCUCUGUCUGGGCAGUACGAUGCUGUCUACUUUCAUCCGAGUACCUUCCACUGUGCCCGGUUGGCUGCGGGGGCCGCGCUGCAGCUGGUGGAUGCUGUGCUCACAGGAUCUGCGCACAAUGGGCUUGCCCUGGUGAGACCUCCUGGGCACCACAGCCAGAGGGCUGCUGCCAACGGGUUCUGCGUGUUCAACAACGUGGCCAUAGCAGCCAAACACGCCCAGCAGAAACACGGUCUGCAAAGGAUCCUCAUUGUCGACUGGGAUGUCCACCAUGGUCAGGGCAUCCAGUAUAUCUUUGAGGAUGAUCCCAGUGUGCUUUACUUCUCCUGGCACCGCUAUGAGCAUGGUUGCUUUUGGCCUUAUCUUCGAGAGUCAGAUGCAGAUGCCGUUGGGCUGGGGCAGGGCCGCGGCUUCACUGUCAACCUGCCCUGGAACCAGGUUGGGAUGGGAAAUGCUGACUAUAUGGCCGCCUUCCUGCAUGUGCUGCUCCCUGUGGCCUUUGAGUUUGACCCUCAGCUGGUGCUCAUCUCGGCAGGAUUUGACUCAGCGAUUGGGGAUCCUGAGGGGCAGAUGCAGGCCACGCCUGAGUGCUUCGCCCACCUCACGCAGCUGCUGCAGGUGCUGGCUGGCGGCCGGGUCUGUGCUGUGCUGGAGGGAGGCUACCACCUGGAGUCACUGUCCCAGUCGGUGUGCAUGGUGGUGAAGGCGCUGCUGGGUGACCCUGCCCCGCCCCUGUCAGGGUCCAUGGUGCCUCAGCACAGUGCUCUGGAGUCCAUCCAGAGUGUCCGGGCAGCCCAGGCCCCUCACUGGACUAGCCUUCAGCAGCAAGGGCCGGCCCCCCUACUGGACCCCAGGACCUGCUCCCCAGAGGGGCGACGCCCACCUGUGUUGCCUGGGGGGCCUGAAUUCAAGGCAGCAGAGGCCCAGACCUCGGCUGUACUGAGGUCCCUCCUGGACCAGCCGCACCUCUACCCCACACCCCCUGUCCGCACAGCUGCCGCCCUGACAGCUCAGGAUGCUGCUCUGGUCCUACCCCCUGAUGUCCUCCGUCAAGAGGGGUCAGCCCCACAGGAGGAGACACAGGCCUGGGCUAGGCUCCACGAGGCUCUGGCCGAGGACACGGCUUUCAUUGCACUUGGAAAGGUCCUGCAUCUGUUGAACGGGAUCCUGGAUGGACAGGUGAGCGGUGGCAUCGCAACAACCCCAGCUGCAGCAGCCACCCUGGAGGUGGCCAUUCGGCGCGGCCUGUCCCACAGAGCCCAGAGGGUGCUCUGUGUGGCUGCGGGACAGCUGGAUCGGCCCCCAGACCUUGCCAGUGAUGGGAGGAAUCUGUGGCUGAACAUCAGAGGCAAAGAAGCGGCUGCCCUGUCCACGUUCCACGUGUCUGUGCCACUGCCAGGGACGACAGGUGGAUUCUUGAGCUGCAUCCUGGCCCUUGUGCUGCCCCUGGCCUAUGGCUUCCAGCCUGACCUGGUGCUGGUGGCACUGGGUCCAGCCCAUGGCCUCCAGGACCCCCAAGCUGCACUCCUGGCUGCACUUCUACGGGGACCAGCGGGGGGCCGAAUCUUGGUCCUAGUGGAGCAGGAAUCCACAUCCCAGCUUGCGGGGGUCCUGGCCCGGGUGUUGCAUGGAGAGGCACCCCCCAGCCUGGGUCCCUUCUCCGUGGCUUCCCCCGAGGACCUGCAGGCCCUGAUACGCUUGAGAGGGCAGCUGGAAGCACAGUGGAAGAUGCUGCAGGUGGCCGCUCCUUCUUGAGUUCUGUGACCUGGUGGCUUGAAAUUGGCCAGGGUGGAAGUCUUUUCACCCCAGAAAUGACAAUACAAGUUAGUCCCCCAAGAGCCACUUAUUAAACAUUCGCCAGUACCCCACUGCCUGAGGCCUUUG